CAUUAUCAUGUCCUUUCUUGUCAAUGAAACGUGAAAUCGUCGUAACAUUCACUUUACAAACACAAAAUAGAAUAAAAGCUAGAGGCAGAAAGACAUUCUGCCUCAGCUUCUAAUAAUGGCCUUAAAAUUAUUAUAUCUGAAAAAUCUUGUUGCUAAACCAGUCAAUGUUUUGCUAAAGCAAUCUUCUUUACAGACAAACACUUCUAACCUAAAAGUCUUCAGUACAACACCUAUAGCCUAUGUAAAUUUCUUCAACAAAUUGCCUGCGGAAAAGUUAUGGAAGUCCGUAACUUCUGUCAGUAAUGCUGGUGCAAAGAAAGGUCGUGGUAAGGGUGCCGGGCGAAUCCGGAUUCGUGACUUGAAUCGCGGCCAAAUGAUCGGAGUCGGCAGAGUCAAUAUGCUCUGGCCUGGUCUCUCUGCGCCCGUUAUACGAGGCAGAGAAUUACUUAAGCAACAGAGGUUGCCCGAUGACCCCGAGAGAAUGGAAAAACUAACAAAAUUGAGAGACUCAAUGACAAAAUUCCGUCGUUUAAAGUUAAGCCCUAUCGAAAGAGGUUGGUCUGGAAGUCGAAUGCCAGGGCGCAGUAUUGGACCUCCUGACCCCAUUGGGGAAGAUGAAUUUGUUGGUUUUGACACCAAAGUGUUGCAACUAAGGUCACUGUUGCUUAUGAAAGGAAGUCUUGGAAGAACUAGGAAUUUCCAGGCUAUGGUUGUCACUGGCAAUGGCCAAGGACUAGCUGGCUUUGGUCUAGGGACUGCCAAGGAAGCACCAGCUGCCUUGAGGAAAGCCAAGAAUAGGGCUGGACAGAAGUUGAUGAAUUUUGAAAUUUACAAUGGGCAUUCUAUUUUCCAUGACUUCUACACAGCAUUUGGAAAAACAAAAAUAUUUGUUAAGAAGAAGAAUGAAGGAUAUGGUUUGGUUUGCCACAGAGCUAUUAGGGAGAUCUGCAAGGCCAUUGGUAUCAAAGACAUUUGGGCCAAAGUAGAGGGCUCCAAGAAUUUGCAGCAUAUUGUCAAGGCUUUCUUUAUUGGCUUACUGCAACAGAGAAACCAUCAACAAUUAGCUGAAGAGAAGAAAUUGCACCUAGUGGAGUACAGAGCUGAAAAUUCGUAUUACCCCAAAGUGGUGGCCAGCCCUAGCGUGGUCCGCACUAAAGAGGAGAUCCCGAAAGACGAAACAUUAGAUUUCACACACUAUGUCAUGAACGAUAGAGUUAUAUUGAAGAGGAAAAAGUUCCCAAGGUUCUAUGAGACUAUGCCUCAUUACAAGAUUUAUUUAAAGAAGUAUGAGAAAUACAGAAAUCAUGAGAGGAUUCGUCUAAACCUGAAAGUGGAAUAUGGAGAGGUGAAGAGCUUCUUGACGGACCGGUACCCGAAGGAAGAAAAUAAGGAGACAUAGAUGUGUAACCAAUAUUUGUAUAGACUAGUUUUAAUGUUAAUAAACACGUUAAAUUAU